AUGAGGGCAUUCAUCAAAUCACAAGAUGAGAAGGCUUGGAGAUCUAUACUCUUGGGUUGGACUCCACCAAUUGAAAAAGAUGAUAAAGGUAAUUCAAAGGUAAAAUCUGAACUUGAGUGGUCCAUUGAAGAUGAAAAAUUAUCUGGUUAUAAUAAUAAAGGUUUGCAUGCAAUUUUUAAUGGUGUUGGUGAAGGCUUUAUAAAAUUGAUAUCAUCUUGUAAAUCUGUAAAGGAGGCGUGGAAAAUCCUUCAAACUCAGUUUGAAGGUACCACUGAUGUAAAGAGAUCACGUUUUACCAUGUUGCAAACUAGAUUUGAUGAAUUAAGAAUGUUGGAAACUGAAACUUUAUCUCAGUUUUAUGAAAAGUUGUUUGACACGAAAUUGCUAGCAAUGAAGGAGGCUAAGGAUUUUGGCAAAAUGAAGGUUGAAGAGCUUAUGGGUUCGUUAAGAACAUUUGAGUUAAAUCAACAAAUAAAGCAAAAGGGUAAGUCGAAUCCUUCAAUUGAAAAAAACAAAGGUAUUGCAUUUAAAGUUUCUAAAAUAGAUGUUUCUGAUGAUGAGAAAGAUGAUGAAAUGGCCUUGUUAACAAGAAAUUUUCAAAAGUUCAUGAAAAAGAAUAAAAAAGGUUUUAAUGUUACUUGGAGUGAUGAUGAUUCUGAAAGUAGUGAAAAGGAAAAUGAGAAAGUUGCUUUAACCAGUGUUUUGUCAAGUGCUUUUCAGGAAAGAGGAAAAAUUUUGUGUUUAAAAAAUACCUUGACUGAUGUCGAUAAAAAGGAAAUUGACUCGGAUUCAGACAAGUCAAAACGCAAUGAUGAAUCAUUGGCUGAAUCAUACAAGGAUAUUCUGAUUCAACUUUACAGUGUUGUUUUUACAGUUGAACGUUCUGUUUCUACAGAAAUGAAGCAGUCAGGUAAACCUGAAAAUUCUCAUGGGAAAAAGAAGCGUUUCAUUCCCUCUUGUCAAUUUUGUGGAGUAAAAGGUGAUAAAGACUUUCUUGUCAAUAUUAGACCAAUGCAAUGUGGAGAAGUUACUUUUGGUAAUGGUCUAGCUGGAAAUGUCAUAGGGAUGGGAACUCUUAAUUUUGAAGGUCUACCUAGGCUUAAGAAUGUAAUGUUGGUUGAAGGACUAAGAGUUAAUCUUCUUAGCGUUAGUCAAAUUUGUGAUCAGGGUUACACUGUUAAUUUUGAUAGUAAUCGUUGCUAUGUUGUUAAUGACCAAGAUGAAAUUAUUUUGCAAGGGUUUGGAUCUAAUGAUAAUUGUUACACUCUCACUACCUAUGCUACUUGUCACUCUGCCAUAGAUAACUCUACUGAUUUAUGGCAUGAAAAGCUUGGACACAUUCAUUUCAAAAACUUGAAAAAACUGUCAAAUGCAGGAAUUAUUCGAGCAUUACCCAAACUGGGUAAAGAAUCUGUGGGAAAAUGCGAACCAUGUCAACUUGGUAAAAAACUGAAAAUUUCUCACAAAAGUAUUCCUGAUGCGAAUACUUCCAAAGUUCUUGAACUUCUUCAUAUGGAUCUAAUGGAUUGUAAUAUUGGAAAGAUUGUUCGGAUUUGGAGUGAUCAUGGAAAAGAAUUUGAAAAUACUGUUUAUGAUGAGUUUUGCAAAUCUAAAGGAUAUUCUAUUAACAGUAGGGCUUAUCGUGUUUAUAAUAUGAGAACCCAAACUGUGAUGAAAUUUGCUAAUGUUGUUGUUGAUGAUCUAAAAGAUUUCUCUGAGUUUUCCACAAAAGAACAUAUUGAAAGUUUGCUAGAAAAGUCUCCUGAACUAGUAGACGAUUUGGCUGCAAUCACAUAA